UCAAGUCGCCGACAACACGGCAGUCUUGCUCCACGCGCCGGUCGACCAGAGCUCGUGCAAGCCACAGAGAGGGCGUAUGCUGCAGUCGAAGCACUUGGAGGACAUCCAGCCACUCGUGCAGCCUCUCCUGCUGGUGUAACCAGGCCUAGUGGCACACUUUUGGUUGUUUAUGCAGGUUCACGAACUCGUCGGAGUCAGGCGCGAAUUCCACUCUCGGGGGAAUCUGUUUGAACUCAUCGAGGUCUGCGGUCAGUCAGCCUGAACCACUUACGCGCAAGACAGCUGUAGCGUCCUACUCGGAGAUAAGAAAAGAUACUCGGGGGUUUGCUUCAGUCGUCAAAUGAACUGUUGGUAGUCAGUUCGUCUUCGAUUAGUUCGAUUUGCUGUUGGAGAUACUUGAAGACACUCCGCCACCGGUCGGCGGGCUGCUGCGACUCGGCUCGCCCUCCCCGUCCCCGCGCGUCAUGAGGCUGCGUCGCCUGGCGGCGUGCGCGCUGUGCGCGGUGUGCGCAUGCGCACUGGCGGCGCGCGCCGCCCCGCAGCAGGACAGCAACAACGUGUUCGAGUUCCCCGUCGAGCUGGUGGGCUUCCCCGUCAUCGUGGCGGCCGUCAGGCUCGCCAACUUCUUCCGCAAGCUCGGCUACACGCUCAGCCCGCGCACGUACGCGGAGCGGACCCGGAGGUCGGCCUGGGCGCCUCUGGACGCCGCCCAGGUGGAGAAGCAGCUGGUGGCGGAGAUGGGCGACGAGGUGUGCAUCUACGAGGACGUGUGCGUGCGGCACGCGGAGGAGGCGCUGCGCAGCGGCGCGCCCGGGAACCACCUGCCCGACUGGAGCACCGUCCUCAGGGAGUACGAGUCGUCACCGCCGCCGCAGAGGGAGCACCGCCUGCUCAGCGUGUUCCUGGGAGACAUCGUGCACUCCCCCGAGUUGUGCCGCCAGCUGGCCAAGCGAGGCCGGGGCUGUCCGUCAGCGCCUGCCGUGUAGGCCACUCGCCACGCCACCUCGAGCGCCUGUCGUGUAGGCAAACAGCCACGCCACCAGCGGCGCCUGCCGUGUAGGCUACCCGCCACACCACCCUGAGCGCCUGCCGUGUAGGCAACACCAGGGGCGUCUCCCGUGUAGGCCACACACCACGCCACCCCGUGCUCCUUCCGUGAAAGCUUCCCGUCAGGCUUUCUGUUCAAGCUUGCAAAACUAAACUUUAUUCAAGCUUUGUUAUUAGUUAAAACCACAAAAAUAAAGGCUGGCAUAAAAAGCAGUACUCGAUGUACUCACAUAUGCUCGCUUGUAUGGUCGUCAGCCGAUGACUGGUUUUGGGCCCGAACCGAGCGCUGGAAUUAUUCCACGUUCAUUCAAUACUGAGACAGAACAAUACCACCCAACAGCUGCGAGCACUUUAGGAACCGACACAGCUUCGAGAAGGCGAACUAAUCUAGUGUUGGAUGGAGUAGGAUGGCAAAUUCGUUUCCCCUUCGGUAGUCAGUCUGUGGCGUAUUACAUCAACUAGUAAAAGUUUGAACCCAACAGUAUUGUAUACCCCUAGCAUUGACAGCCUUUAAAUAAAGUAUGUCUGUUUUUUACUGAAGGAAUUAGUCUUGAAAUGAACUUUAAGUACGCCUGUCACAGGAACCUUAAUUGUUCAAGAUUAAAGCAAAUUCAAUUCUUACACGUAUUAUUGUCAUUGCAGGGCUUUUCUUUAAGUACUUACCUGAAAACUUUUAAAAUCAGACAUAUUGAAAUUUCUUGUACAAAAACAUUUUAAUUUAUGUUUCUAACUUUCACAUUGCCUCGCAUGGCUCCAUUUUCAAUAAAAAAAUGGGAAACAUAGUUUAAAACUGUCAUGUUUCAUUGCAAAUUAAUUACUGUAGUAAAUAUUAUUAUUGGAAGUAUUCGAGUAAUAUUAAACAUUUAAUUACUAUCACAUCAAUACAGGAAUCUAGUUAUCUGGCAAUAAUGACUUAAGAGUUGUGGAGGAAGAAUAUUCUUCCAUAAGAAAAGUGAAAGAAUUCACGCAGGCCUUUUAAAAUGUUAAAAUCCCAAAGAAUUAACUACACAUAAGCUUUAAGUAAAAUAAGUGUAACUAAAACAAAGCAACUUUCAUAGUUAUCAUUUGUUCAUUAAAAAAUAGUCAUAUUGUUUAUGUAUUAGAUUUCGAAGUUGAGACAUAUUGUAAAACCAUAUUUACAUUUCAGUCAAACUUAAAGAUGUAAAAUGUUUACUUGUGUUUCCUAAAAAAUUGCUUUAAAAUAUGCACACUAAUGUUUAAAUACGUUCACACAAGAUAGAAGCUCAUGUGUGCACGACAAAAACAUGUAAUUUAAACCUACACCACUUCAUGGUUUUUUUCGGAGACUUUAUCUCUGAAUGUAUUGUAUUCAUUAAUUUUUUAAUUAUUUAACAUGGCUCCGAGGUAAUUAUUUGGCAGUUUCUUUUGUUGAAAUUUUUUUAUUCGUGUAGCUAAAACCAUAAACUAGUUGCUCACAAGGAAAAGUGUUUAAGGGUGUUAGUCACUGCACAUGGAAAUAAGUAAGUAAUGUUGAGAAUAAUCUCAUUCAACAAAAUAUUGAAAUUGUAAUAAAUAAAAGGAGCUUUUGUUUACAAAUAAAGAGAGUAAAUUUGUAAA